GUGCCGCUCAGCACUGCAAGCGCGGCCCUGCAUGCACGCGUCGGCGACGCUGCAUAGCAGCAUUAGCUGCGGUGACGACAGAUCAUCGCUCUUUGUGCUGCGAGAGAACGCCGCGGCACAGCAACUCGCUGCAGCUUGCCGCUGCACAGGCUGCACAGCAGCGAGGCAAAUGGCCUAAAAUGGCUGAAAUGGCUAGCAUUUACGACGUCGCAGUGAUAGGCGGCGGAGUAGUAGGUUGCGGCGUCGCGCGCGCCUGUGCGCUGGCCGGCCGCAAGACGGUCCUGAUCGAGCGCGAGGCGGCGUUGGCCUCGUCGCAUGCGAGCGGCGGCAACACGGGCAUCGCCUGCACGGCGGCCGACUGCGACGAGGGCACGGUAGAGCACGCAUGCCUCGAGCGCGCGGCGGAGCUGAACCGCGACGCCUACGACGCGUGCAACGUGCUCUACGCGGCGACGGGCGCCGUCUACGUCGCCUACGGCGCGGAAGAGGAGGAGGCGCUCGAACGGCUGGCCGAUGCGCACCGCGCCGCGGCCGACUCUCUAAACUCGGGCGCCGCCGUCGAGGCGCGGUGUCGAUUGCCGGGGCUCGCGGCGCGCGGCGCGACGCGGGGGCUGCACGUGCGGCGCGAGGUCACGGUCGAGCCGUGGUGCGUGCCCGUCGCCUGGGCCCUCCACGCGCGCGCGAACGGCGCCGAGCUCCUGUUGGGCCAAGAGGUCAUCGGCGCGGCCUUUGACCAACAAAUGUGGACGCUCGAGUUGAGGCAGCGCCGCGGCGAGCGGGCCGGCGCCGCGUCGGCGUUGCGAGCGCGCGUCCUCGUGAACUGCGGCGGGCUCUACGCGGACGCCGUCGACGCGACGCUGCGCGCGGGCCGCCCUACGUUCGCCGUGGCGCCGCGGCGGGGCGACUACGUGAUCCUGGACGCGCGGGGCCCGCUCGCGUCGUUAGGCGCUCUCGCGCGGCCCGUCGGCGGCGUACCGCUCGGUGAGUUAGGCCGAGGCGCCUACGCGUGGCGCACGGUCCACGGCGACGUGGUCGUCGGUCCGACGGCCGAGCCCUACUCGGAAAGGACGGUGCCCGCCGACGAUCAUUCUUCAGAAGCCGAAGCGACCCUCUUGCGAGCGGCGAAACGGGCGCUCGGCGUCUCGAGCUUCGACGCGAUUCGAGGCCGCUACGUCGGCCUGCGCCCGGGCGCCAGGGACCAGAGCGACUAUAUUAUUAAAAGGGACGGCGCGCGCGUCACCGUGGCGGGCAUCCGGUCGACGGGCCUGACGGCGUCGCUGGCCAUCGGCGAGCGGGCGCUGGCGCUGGUCGAGGAGGUGCUGCCCCGCUGCGCGGUGCCCACACCACAGGGCUUCGCGCUGCCGUCGCUCGACGAGCUGCGGGCGUCCUACGAGGGCGACACGAGUGCGGGAACGGUGUCCAUCGGCGGCGAACGCGUCGCGGUCACCCACCCGCAGACGCGCUUCGGCCUCUGCCGCGCCGUCGAGCCGAAAGCGCCGCGGGUCCAGCGCCACGUCAAUAGUGCAGAGGCGGCCCUGUCACUGGUGGAAGAGUUGCGGGGGCGCGCGCCGACGAGCGUCGAACGGAUCGUGGGAGGCCGCACGAACGACAUGUUCCGCGUCGUCGACGACGAGGGCGUCUCGGUCCUCGUCCGCGUCUACGGUGGAGGGGACGACCUAGGGAUUGACCGCGACCUGGAGGGGGCCACGUUUGAAGCGGCGGGCCGCCACCUCGGGCGGCCGCGGUGCCUGGGGCAUUUCGCCAACGGUCGCGUCGAAGAAUUUCUCGAGGGCCACCGCAACACGACGUACGAGGACGUGAGCAAUCCGACGGUCUACCGCGAGAUCGCCCGGGCCGUCGCGACGCUCCACACGUUCGUUCCGCCGCCGGAGUUGUGCGGUCCGUCUGGGCACGACCUCGACGCGCCAGGUUUAUGGCCCACGCUGCGGGGCUGGCUCGCGGCCUCGGCGACGGACGCGACCGCGACGGCAAUUUCUCGCGACGCCGACGAUGCGAAGCUCUGGAGCGAGUACGCCUGCUUCCGCGACUUUGACGCGUUCGGCGCGGUCAUUGACGCGGCUGAGGCGCGACUGUCCCGCGGAGACGACCUCGACGCUUCGUUAGUUUUCGCGCACAACGACCUCACGCUGGAUAAUGUGAUGGUCGGGCCCGACGGUACGGUACGACUGGUGGACCUCGAGCGGGCGCCGGCGUCUGUAUCAUUUGCGUAUUUACGUAUAGACCACACGCAACAAGGCCGGCCGGAGUGGAGACGCAUAGGAUGGUCGGUUUAGAAACGGGUGGGAGAUAGAUAUGAGCGUCUCUGAACUGGGGCCGUACCAUGCGCGCUCCGGUAUUGAUCGCUUUCUACAUCCGCACAGGUACGGCGGGCCGAACUACGCGGCUUUCGACGUCGCGAAUCACUUCUGGGAGUGGUGCGGCGGGCUCGACGACUCGGCGACGCCGCGCUUCGAGCGGUAUCCGUCCGAGGCGACGCGGCGCGACUGGGUCGAGGCGCUGCUCGCGGGCGCGGAGCCGGCGGCCGUCGAUCGCUUCUGCCGCGCGGUCGACGCGUUCGCACCGCUGGACCACCUGUUCUGGGGGCUCUGGGCCGUGACCCAGGCGGCCUCGCUGGGGCGCUCUACGGGCUUCCGCUACCUGUUGUACGCGUCGCAUCGGCUGUCGCAUCCUUCGGUCGCGGAGGCGGUCGGGCGCGUCGUGAGCUAGAGAG